AUGUCUUCGUCUGUUACACCCAUUGAUGAUAAGAAUGAUUAUAAUCAUAAAGAAAAUCGUAUAUUGAUACGUAAACUUGAUUUGCAUAUACUCCCAUUACUUUCUAUUACUUAUUUGCUAUCAUAUAUUGAUCGCGCAAAUAUUGCUAAUGCAAAAUUAGCAGGCCUUGAACAUGAUGCUCAUCUUACAUCUGAACAAUACCGAUGGUCUUUGUCGAUCUUUUUUAUUGGCUAUGCCAUUUUCGAAGUUCCAUCGAAUAUUAUUCUUCGACGAUGGAGCCCAUCAAAAUGGAUUGCUCUUAUUGUUUUCUGUUGGGGCAUAGUAGCAGUGAGUAUGGCAGCCGUACGUACUGCAAGUACACUUCUUCUAUGUCGAUUUUUACUUGGUACAUUUGAAGCUGGGCUUUUUCCUGGUCUUAUUUAUUAUACAUCAUUAUGGUAUAAAAGAAAAGAACAAGCUCUUCGACUUGGAUGUUUUUGGUCAUUUUCAGCAAUUGCAGGAGCUUUUAGUGGUUUACUUGCUUAUGGUAUUCUUCAAAUUAAAUCACCAAUCCUUGCUCAAUGGCAACUCCUUUUUAUUAUUGAAGGUAUUCCAACAAUAAUUCUUGCAUUUAUUUGUUGGUUUUGUUUACCUGAUUCACCAGAACAAGCACGAUUCUUAACUGAUAAACAACGUCAACUACAAAUCGAUCGCCUUGCAGAAGAUGCAGGUGCAUCGAAUAACCACUCAUUUUCUUGGUUACAAGUUCUUUCUGUAUUUACUGACUGGAAAACAUAUGCAUAUGCCAUUAUUUAUAUUUUUGGAACUAUUACUUUACAAGGUGUAACUCUAUAUUUACCUUCACUUAUUCAUGCAAUGGGCAGUUCGACACCUGUACAAACACAAUUGUUAACUGUUCCACCUUAUAUUGCUGCAUUUGUUAGUAUAUUAAUUAUAUCUCGUAGUUCCGAUUAUUUUCUUGAACGGACAUUCCAUCUUGUUUUUACGAAUCUCAUAACAAUAUGUGGUCUUCUUAUAUUAAUGUUCGUUAAUCAACAACAUGUCUAUAUUCUAUACAUGGGUAUUAUCUUUAUUACAUGCGGUACUUAUGCAAAUGUUAGUGUAAAAAUAGCUUGGUUCAAUAAUAAUUUUGCUUCAUUAACACGACGUGCAGUUGCAUCGGCACUAAUUGUGUCUGUUGGAUCACUUGGUGGAAUAAUAUCAGGACAGAUCUAUACUGACAAUCAGAAACCAAAAUAUUAUCUUGGUAAUACAAUUGCAUUAAGUUUUGUUACUUUACAAACAAUAUUAGCAUUGAUUCUUCGUUUGACAUUUAUUUUUAUUAAUCGUCGACGAUCACGAAUGAAUCAGGAAGAGAUUGAUCAAGAAAUUCAACGAUAUGGUGGAAACGAACUAGCUGGCGAUCGCCAUCCUGAAUUUCGAUAUACAUUAUAA